AUGGCGUACCGCGACACCGCAAACGCUAUCCGCAUGGCCCUCGCCCUCGAAACAGCCCAGCACUUCUCCCUCGCCGCCCUAUUCACCAAGCUCUGCCAGCGCACCUGCGACCGCCCCCACUGCACCAACCCCGCGCCCUACCUCGACGUCUUCACCCUCGCCCGCCUCUGCGUGCCCUGCGGCAACAGCCCCGACCCCGCGCACGUCCCCCAGCACGCCUGGAUGGUCGCGUACAUGUACGGCCUCUCGCCCGCGCAGGUCGCACGCCUGCCCAGCUUCCGCAGCAUCCCCGGCCGCUACACGACAGCCCGCUACCCGGACCUCGAGAGCAAGCGCGUGCGCAUGUACGACUGCGGCGCUGCAGCGGAGCUGGCGCAGCUGCUGUCCGUGAUGGCGGGCGAGGAGCCGCGCGUCGUGCCGCCGCCGGUGAUUAACAGUGAGCACAGGCGGUUGACGCUCGUGCUUGCGCCGUUUCUGAGCGCGGAGAGCUGUGUGGGCGAGACGGUGGUGCGGUGUGGGUUUUGUCGCGCGGAUGAUGGCGAUGUCGAUGAGCGGGUUGUGAGGCAUCAGAGGGAGAACUGGGGGGCGGAUUCGUCGGGGCCGUUUCCGUGGGCGGUGUAUCUUUGCAGGGGGGAGUAUCGCAGGCAUUUGAGGGAGGUGCAUGGCGUUGACUGUUAG